CACAUUCUUUAAUCCGGAGACAGCUACAGCGAGUUUCCUCGAGGAAAACAGAUUAUCGCAACACACGUGCACACGUUACGCUUUUCAACAUGAUCACCACGGCUUUAGGAAAGUUGUGUUUGGUAGCGGUCAUCGUAGAAGUACUUCUGGGAGGAAAUUUGGUCCACGGUUCUAGUAUUUACGUCGGUAGACACGAUGCAGGGGCAUAUUGGGAGGAAGGCCCACCAGGGAGUAUUUCUUCAGUGGUGUGCAAAGACCAGGACCAGGAGAGAUGCAACCUACUCACUCAAAAUGGUAAAGAGGUUUGCAGUACAACCGAUGAAUCCUUGAAGUUUAUGCUGGAAAGUAACUGUCAGGCUACAUGCGGAUUUUGCGACAAAGAGAAUUGCGAGGACUUCAUGGAAAAGGAGUUUUGCGAGGACUAUAAAUCGUCGUGCUUUGGCCAAGAGGCGGAAAAACUUGUUCAAGACAUUUGCCCCAAGACAUGCAGAGUGUGUCCUCAAGCUCCAAGUAAAAGUAAGGAAGACAACAAUUGGGUGUUCUUGCACCCAUAGUUAUGAACAAUGGUUGCACAGACAUGUGAAGCAACAACCAAGCAGGAUGUUAGUCGGAGCCAAAAUACUAGAUAGCUUUAGACUCCUUCGCAACCAUUUUUAGACGUCACGCAACGAUGCAUCACUUGUUCUUGCGUGACACCCAUGAAAACCUUUGCCUGGUUCUUGUAAAUAUUGUAGAAGGGGCUAAGAAAAAAAAAGUUUAAAACAAUGCUGGUUAACGUUAGGACUUCCACCAUUGCCUUGUGUCGUGCGUCAGCGCGUUUUUGUGUUUAAGAAAGGAUAAAAAAAAAAAACAGUUGUCUUAGUGUGAUUAGAAAUAUCGUUGUUUUAACCUCUUUAGAUAUAUUUAAGAAUUUAAUGAAAGUUGAUUUCGACGAAAAAAUUCUUCUAAUAUUUCAUGUUCUAAGAAGCAGAUGUCAACCUUUUAAUCAUGUAAGCGUUGAACACUUAAUAAAUAGCUAAAAAAUAAAAAAAACUUUAGCGGUGA